AUGGCUACUCUAAACAAAAACACAAUCACAAAAGAAAAAAUGAAGGUUUUUUCUUUUUGCGUGAAAAUAUUUUCAUUCCCUGUGUUGUUCUGGAUACUGAACAACUGCAGCCAUGCCCAAAGCAACAAAGACGUAAGGGCAAAUGAGUAUAUUAACAGAGCGUUAGCCGAAGUAGAGGUUGUAAAUGGACAAGAAAUAAUAAAGUUAGCAGGUCCGAUUACAGACUAUGAAGAAUAUGCAGAUUUUAUAGAAACUCCCAAAAAACGAAAAGCUCAAAAGGUGGUAUCAGGCGUUGUUGAAAAACCACGAAUUAGAAAAAAAGUCAUUAAAAGAAAAAGAGUAAUAAAGCCAGGAUCACCAGAAGCCAAAAUGGAAGAGACAAAAGCCUUCUGGAAUAAUUGCAAACAUUUUGGUCCUACCAGUACACCACACACGGGAGAACAUUUGAAAGGUUUACCUAAAAAAUACUAUUUAUCUGAACUAAAAGAAAUCGAAGAUGAAGAUGAUGAGUUCGAUAUAUAUUAUGAUCCCACGUUUGGAGUCGACUUCAGAUGUGGUGUUGAAGGAUUGGAAGAAUUCAUAGAACCAUUUUUGGAACAUAAUUUUAAUGUUGAAGAUGAUGAGGUAUGA